UGGAAUGCGAAGCUGGACGCCACCUGAAGGCGAUGGGCUUCACCCAGAGCGCGCACGAGGCGACUGUGUAUCGGCGGGGCAGCGGACGCUCUGUCCUGCUCGUCGGGGUAUACGUCGACGACCUCAUCAUCACCGGCGCUGAGGAGGAGGAGGUCAACAGCUUCAAGGCGCAGAUGAAGGAAAGGUUCGACAUGAGCGACCUUGGCUUACUCUGCUUCUAUCUCGGCGUCGAGGUGCGUCAGGAUGCCAGGGGCAUCACUCUCCGCCAGACUCACUAUGCCAAGCGGAUCCUCGAGCUCGGCGAGAUGGUUGGCUGCAAUCCGGCGCACACGCCCAUGGAAGAGAAGCUUCGCCUGAGCAGGGAGAGCAAGGCUGAGGAGGUGGACUCCACGCACUACCGGCGGCUUGUCGGUAGCCUCCGGUACCUCGUGCAUACCCGGCCGGACUUGGCGUUUGCCGUCGGGUACGUGAGCCGGUUCAUGGAGCGGCCCACGGUGGAGCAUCUGCAGGCGGUGAAGCGCAUCCUCCGCUACGUUGCUGGGACUCUGGAGUAUGGUCUUCACUACAAGAGGGCUCCUGGAACAGCGCGCUUCAUCGGCUACUGUGACAGCGACCUUGCCGGUGACAUCGAUACAAGCAAGAGCACCAGUGGGACUAUGUUCUUCUUGGGCGAUUGUCUGGUCACCUGGCAGUCAAUCAAGCAGAGAGUGGUGGCCUUGUCAAGCUGCGAGGCAGAAUACAUUGCUACUGCCUCUGCUGCAACUCAAGCAUUAUGGUUGUCCAGACUGCUCGGGGAGCUGCUGGGCAAAGAAGUUGAUGUGGUGGAGUUGAAGGUGGACAGCAAGUCUGCUUUAGCUCUGGCCAAGAACCCAAUCUUCCAUGACAGGAGCAAGCACAUAAGAAUCAAGUACUACUUCAUCAGAGACUGCCUGGAAGAUGGAAGUAUCAAGGCCAGCCACAUCCCUACUACUGAUCAGCUUGCAGACAUACUCACCAAGUCUCUGGGAAAGGCCAAGUUUCAGGAGAUGAGGAGGAGGAUUGGACUGGAGCAGAUCAACCAGCAUUAGGCUUAGGGGGAGAAUGUUAGUUAAGCCUAAUUGCUAUGUAUCUUAAUUUCUGCAUUAGUAGUAGCAGUGCCUUGGCAUCCAAGUUUGGAGCAGGCAUCUUUACUUUUGCUAUAGCAUAUUCUGGAGUAGGUGGCUGACCACAUUGCUAUAUAAGUGGCAGACCCCCCUCCCUCUAUUGUAUCCUGUUAUCACAAGUUUGAUUCAAUCCAAGCGGCCAAGGGCCAAGCUGCCCUCUGGGCAUUCCCAGAUCCAAAUCUCUAUGAGUUGGGCAACAUUUUCUAAUAUGGUCUCUAAUAACUUUGAUUGGACUACUUAGGAGGAGUUUUCAAGCUCGACUUAUUUUUGACUAAACAAUGUCCAAUUGCUCAACCAAAGGUAUUCCAUUUCAAUAUUAUACUUCUAUGGUUCUACAAAUUCCUAAUAAGUACUAAAUCCUUCUUCGGGUAGAUGUUUCUUUUUUUUUUUGUUGCUUCAUACCUCUGUAACAAACUAAUAGCCACCAAUUUUAAUGGCCAGGUGCAUUUGACACCAAUUUUUAAUGAACUAUCAUUGUUUAAGGUUCUUACCCUGCACAUAUGUAUGAUGCCCACAAGUGAUGUUGAGGAAUCUGCAAUAUGGGUAGUCACAAAUCAAAGAUUCUUUCUGAAUAAACCACUGCAGAAAUUGCAAGGUCACAGUAUUGCGGUCAAAGCCUUAUCAUUUUUCACUACAGCAUCAUCAUGUGAAACCCGCAAUUUAUUGUCUGCUUAGUAACAUACUCAAUAGUUUAGUUCAAACUGUGUGCUUUAAUGUGUCCUUUUUCCAAAAAUCUAUUGCUAGCACUUGAAUUAUCAGCCUUCCAAAAAUAUAAAUAUUGUUCUGUUUUUCUUUUUUCUGCUCCUUUGAUCUCUGUUCCAAGCCAACUGGAACUACAGUAGCAGGCCUGACGCAUCGACAAUACCUGUGCAGUAGCAAGCCCAACACAUCUCUCAAGCUCCCUGUACCUUGAUCUUCAGGCAGGUUCAUUUACUUUCUAUACAAACAAAGUAAUGUUCUUGUUCCUGGAGGUCAUGCAAAAAUGUACACGUUGUAGGCUUAAUCAGUUCAUUCUAACUCUAAAUAAUUCUAUGUUUGUGAGAUAGAGAGGGUGAUUUACUCAACCUGACAAAGUGACAAUAGUGACACCUUGCCAUACCACUGAAAAGAGUGGUCUUGAAUAAAUAAUUUUUAAACAAUCAAACAAUACAAAUGGUAGCCAUGUAUAUUUUCAGAAUGCUUGUUGACAAUGUGUGUUGGCGGCUGGCAUCGGUGUCAAAUAGUUUGCACACCAGAACUAAUAUUCCAUGAUUAUUUUGAUAAUGCUCAAAUAAUCAAAUCACAUACCAUUCAGCUGAAAAGAAGCCCUACUUCAUGUAACAUGCGACAGGAGAGAAGAAGAGAAACGAUGGCCUGCAGGCCACUAAGGCUGUGCCAUUCCCCUAACCAACCAACCACCCUCACCUUUCCUUUUUACAAUAUUUUAACUAAUGGAAAUAAGCAGUAUAAGCCAAUGGUCUUACCAAGUGUGAAAUUGCUAGGCUAAGAAAGGAAUACUUGCCAUGCCAGAUUGUUUUACGAGCUAAUUAUGACUUACCAUUUUGUUUGUUCAUUAUCUGAAUUGUAGUUCAAAUGGUAUUCCAAAAUGCUCUAAGACCAGUGGUACUUGAAUGAACUGGAAAAUAACAUGGCCACAGGGUACAGCUCACAUGCAAGGAAUAUCAAGGUAUGUUGGUGCCCUCCAUCUUGGCGUCAGUCACAACAGGUGUUUGAUCCAGUGGUCCAUGCCAUUCAUCGAAAAAACAGUUUUCGAGUCGCAUGAGGUAUUGAGUUUGGUGGCCAUGAGCUCCAAAAUGCAUCUUUAGAGCUCCGCUACUAUAGUGAUGGCAUUGGUACUUCACUGAAAACAUUGUUGUGUGUGGAUUUUUGGCAAUACAAAGUCUGGGCCUGCAAAUAUGUUGACUUUUGAUCGAUCAAGUUGUUUCAAUAAAUGUAUCCAUCUUAUUGGUGGCCUGUACAACUUUAUUUUUUAGUCAUUAUUUAUUUUGUGUACUUGAGAAUUGUUUCUUCAUUAAUUACUUGGAUAGAUUUUUUUUCAUAUCA